AUGCAGUUCCGCAAUAUUCUCUCUGUUCUUCUGUUGCAGGUUGGCCUUGCAUCGGCCUUCCAUCAACGUGCCAAGCGAGGUUCCGAAACCGAUGCCACUCUCUAUGCCUACGGCACCAACGCCUCUGCCUGGCCCAUUGCUUACGACACCGCUGAUGGUCUUCUCUAUAUUGCGGAGGAUCCGUCAAACACAAGAGCCACCCUGAAACCUCUGACCUGGGAUUUGGCCUCCAUCACCGACGAAUGCUGGAUCGCCAAUGCCAGUUAUGUCAACGGUACCGCGGCCGGUUCGAUGUACAUUAUGGAACAGGACAAAUAUGCUGUUGGCCUACUGCCCAAGGCUCAAGCCGCCUACAUCAAUGGCACUGUCUCAGGCUUUGCGCUGUUUGCCUCGCAGCUAGUCUACAACAACAACACUUUGCUUGAAGCACAAUUCUGGGCCAGAGAGACUGACGUGGAUGGUGUCUAUGGUUUGACUUGGUCGGUGUCUGACGACUUCCCGAAUGGAGACUUCCCUGUUGUGGUCAAGGCUUCGGAGGACUCUUGA